CCGGAUACGAGUAGUUUUUUCCCCCCUUCGCUUCCGGGAAAGACACGUGCGCAGCUGGCUGUAGCCGGGAUGUCCUCUAGCACCAAAUUUGUGCCAGGGGCGAUAAGCUCAACAGAGAUCAAGCAGAUAGGUAGCUAUGAGGUGAUGACUGUUCCGAUUGUCACCUGCCCCUAUGCCGGAAGGGAUCUUAGUGAUCAUCUCAAUCCACUUUGUUGGGAUGACAAAGCUGCCACUCAGGACAAAAAGAAAAGCCGGAAGCAUCAACGCUACAUGAUGCGCAGAGCACUGGAGCAGAGUGGACACCUGGCAGCCAAGGAGAGGAAUCUCGUUAGGACCACAGACGUCUCUGAAAUGUAUGGGAUGCAGGACUCGUUGUCCUGGGAAAACGGAAGCCAUCAGGUUCUGGAGAAGGAUGUGAGGACAGCUCAGGAGGCUUCUUCCAGUUUUGGUGAAGCUGUUUCCAUUUCAUCUGAGGAACUAGCCAGCCAGCCUUCAUCUUCCCAAGGUCUUGAGAACCUGCUAAUCUCCCCCAGCAUCUCAGGAAAAAGGACUAGUCCCCUCCUGCCUCAGAAGUCUGUGAAGCGUGUGGCCAUUGACUGUGAGAUGGUAGGCACGGGUCCUUCUGGAAAGAUAAGUGAGCUGGCACGCUGUACGGUGGUGAGCUACGAUGGUGAUGUGAUCUAUGACAAAUACAUUCUCCCAGAACGUCCAAUUGUAGAUUACAGGACGCGCUGGAGUGGCAUCACCUGGAAGCACAUGAGAAAAGCAAUUUAUUUCAGGAUUGCGCAGGGUGAGAUCAUACAGAUCUUGAAGGAUAAAAUAGUUGUGGGCCAUGCUCUCCACAAUGAUUUCCAAGCCUUAAAAUACUUUCCCCCUCGAGCCUGGAGGCGUGAUACAAGCCAAUGUCCUCUGCUGAAGAAGAAAAUUGCAUCAACUCUGAAACCAAGCAUGUCUCUCAAGAACCUAGCUCAUCAGCUGCUACACAAAACUCCCCAGGUUGGCAGACGCGGGCAUUCAUCUGUCGAAGAUGCCCAGGCGUCUAUGGAACUUUACAGAUUGGUAGAGUUUCAAUGGGAGGAACUCCUGAAUCCGAGUCACCCCAUGGGCCCUUCAGCCGGCACCCCGGACGACGAUGCCGAUCACAGUUGCUACAUGGAUGAUCAAUACUGGCCCAAGGACCUUGAUGUAGACUGCAAAUGAUGGUUUGGGUUUUAGGAAGUUGGUAAAGAAAUUACGCUGCUGUUUUGAAGAGAGAGUCGGGAUUCGUGUCUUCUGGUAUCAAUGAAGCAGCAUUAUUGACAUCUGUUUUCCUCAAUGAGUACAUGCCAAAGAAUAAAACUUCGAGCCCAAAUUAA